CGACCCCCCUUACUCUGGCCGAGAUGCAUUGUGGGGAAAGUCGUUGCCAUUCGACCUCUGCGGGGCCUGCGCGGACGCACAUAGAACCCUGAAAUUCAUUAUGCGUUUAAAACCCUUAUUUAUUUCCGCAUAACCUACAUACUCUCGCAAGGAGGCCAAAGCGGAAAAACAACGAUUUUACAAAAUUCUAAAUACUUCGUUGCAACCAUCAAUAGACUGUAGGGAUUUCUAAUUAGCCGGAAAGAAUUUUGUUAAGACACUGUAGAUUGUAAUUUAUUAAGAAAAUGUCCGGAGAGAGAAACCGCAGGUCGCUGGCUUUCCGAGGAGGUGGAUUAGCCGCGACCGGUCCCAGUGGCAGCGGAGGCAGCAACAGUAACAGCUGGGAGGCCCAGGCUUGUCAGGACCGACAUUUGAACGGGAACAGGCCAGAUCAAGACGAGGAUAGGGUUCUGGGGGCAAAAGGACCAUCGCUUGGGAAAGUAGAGGGUGGGGGGUCCGUCGGUGAUAGCACAGAACCAGAGGCGGAGGAAGAAGAGGACCCGGAAGGGGGCAACUCGCUAGGUGGGGACGGUGGAGAAGACCGGGUCGGCUGGACGACAGUGACGGUCGGAGAAGACGGGUCUAGGGAAGGUGGCAUUUGGACACAGGGGAACGGCCUGAACACGGAGGAUCGUACUGGCUUAGGGACCGGUGCCACGGGAUCUGAGGACGAUAAAGGCGAAGCCGGGAGCAGGGGAGAUACGGAGGAAACGGGUGUCAGGAAACCUUGGGUAGAAAUGAGACCGCAAACGCUACUCCAGAAACACUCGCUAUUUCAAGGCUCCUGGUUACAGGAAUUUCCAUGGCUAAAAUUCUGCCAAGAGACUGGACUUAUGUCCUGUUCCUGGUGUCACAACAUUGCCACUAACAACAGCGAUGAGCUGGUCAAAGGCAGUCGGAAUUACAAGCGGGCCUUGCUGCUGAGACAUCACCUGUCCUCGGAACACAGGCGGAAUGACCCGACAAAACAGGACCCGGAGCGUGUGGAGAGUCCGGUGCAGGGCGAGGUGGACCUGGGUGAGGACUACCGGAGGGGACGUCCGCAGGACGAGAGCUCCUACUGCUACCAGCUGCUGCAGGAGCUGGACAAGCAGCGCAAGAGCGGCAUCCUGUGCGAUGUCAACAUCGUGGUCAGCGGACAGGUCUUCCGCGCCCACAAGAACAUCCUGGUGGCCGGCAGCCGCUACUUCAAGACGCUCUACUGCCUGACGCGUAGCGAGGGGCCUGCGGGGGGGGGCGGGGCGUCCGGCGGUGAGCAGUCCGGUGUCACGCACCUGGACGUGGUGGCCGUGCAGGGCUUCUCCGUCAUCCUGGACUUCCUGUACUCGGGCAACCUCCUGCUGACCAGUCAGAAUGCCAUCGAGGUGAUGUCCGUGGCCAGCUACCUGCAGAUGACCGAGGUGGUGCAGUCCUGCCGGGCAUUCAUCAAGGACGCCCUGAACAUCAGCAUCAAGGAGGAGGCGCCCGACUCCGUGGUGGUGGACUACAACAAGCGCCGCAUGGUGGCCAAAGACGGAACUACAUGCGGAGGAGGAGGAGGAGGAGGAGGGGGGUCGGACAGGAAGCCCAGCAACUUCUGGGCCACCAGCAUCCUGUCCAAGCUGUCCAUCAAGGCCAGCACGCAGGUGAAGGAGGAGCCGAGCGACGCCAGCGAGGUGUCGGCCAACGACAGCGGGGCAGCGGGUGGAGCGGACACGCCCGAGUCCACGGAGGAGGCGGAGAUGACCGGCGCGGCGGGGGGGGGCGGCCCGGUGUUCGUCUGGAACGAGCCGGCGCUGGCCACGGGCGUGAGCGUGAAGGCAGAGCCCGGGAGUGGACGCAGGAAGAGGCAGACCACGCGGCGCUUCGUCUACAACAUCCCCCCCGAACCUGAGCCCGAGGAGGGCUUCGACGAGGGCAUGUUCGUCCAGCCGUCCGCCUCCUACACACGCGAGGACUUCUCCUUCCUGUCCGACAACGCCGGAGAGGCGUCGGACGUGGCGCUGAAUAAGCUGAAGUGUCCGCACUGUAACUACAUCGCUAAGCACCGCCGCACGCUGAAGCGCCACCUCAUCAUCCACUCGGGCGUGCGCUCCUUCAGCUGCGACAUCUGUGGAAAGCUCUUCACACGCAGAGAGCACGUCAAGAGACAUUCCCUGGUGCAUAAGAAGGAUAAGAAGUACAAGUGCAUGGUGUGCAAGAAGAUCUUCAUGCUGGCGGCCAGCGUGGGCAUCCGUCACGGCUCGCGGCGCUACGGCGUGUGUGUGGACUGCGCCGACUCUCACCAGACCUCCCAGGAGGCCAUGCAGGAGCUGGAGCUGUCGCGUGGCGAGGACGACGACUUCGAGGCCGACGACGACAUGAUGGCCGAGGACGGCGAAGAGCCCGGCGACGGUGACCAUGACAACGAGCAGCUCCACUGGGACGCGGAGGCCACCGUCACCCCUGACGACGACUAACACACGGAAACACACGCAGAGACAUCGCUGAGCGCAACGUAACGAUUUUUACAUCAUCACCAAAUGCUGUCGUGAUGUGAUACACAAAGCAAAACAAGAUUUAAGACGUACAAAGUUUUUAACUAAGAAAAUAAACAAAGAUUUAUAUAUGAAAAAAAAAAAAACUAAACUAAUAGCUGGGAAACAAUCAACAACUCCAAAGUGCUAACCAAACCUCAUGGUUGCUAUUGUACGCGUGAGACACAGAAACCUAAAGCGUUCGGUAGUGAGGGACUCCGCGGCGUGCAGAUAUGUUACGAGCGGAACACGGCGUGCCGCCCACGACAGUAAGACGAGAAGGCGCGGAUCUCUGAAAUCAGGUGUUUUUGUUUUUGUUCCUGGUGAUGUAUUUUUAUCUUUAGCGGUUCACAGUGUACAGCGUUUUAAGUUACGAUAGGCCAAUCAUCUUAAAAAAGAAAUGUUAAUUAUUUAAUUUAUGAAGAAAAAAAAAGUUUUUAUGGUCUUACUGAAUGAUCUGUCAUUUCCUUUCUUGUCGUAUUGUGUCUGCUGUUCCAAAGUUCCGUUUCAUUUUGACUUCUGUCAAAUCUGAACAUCUAUUGCUUUGAUAGAUUCAUAGAGCGAAAGACAUAAAAAGAGAGAGAGAGAGAGAGAAAAAAAGAGUGCACAAGAAAGAGAGAUUAAAGUGAGAGUUAUGGAUCUAUUGCCAACAGGAAGAUUGUAUAUUUCUCUUUGGUUGGAGGCGUGUCCUGUCCUGAAAGAAAAUUCAGAUUAUUUUAUAUUCCUUUUAUUAUGAUGAUGAUGAUGAUGACGAUGAUUCUAAUUCUACUUGUUGUUAUGACGAUGAUUCUAAUUCUACUUGUUGAUAUGAUUUCUCCCUCGCACCCGUCUUGGAUCCAAACCUCUGUUUGGCCGCUAGCGCCGUGCAGCCCUAUUUAUGCAUUAAGUUAUGUAGGCUGUACCACUGUGCCAAGCAGACAGCACACCAAGGCAGUGCAGGACACACACACACACACACACACACACACGAAACUACUGAACCAAGCUGAGAGAGAAACCUAGAGCAAAAGUGUAAAGAGAGUAAUAAUCUAAAAAAGCAUUUUAUAUAAAAAAAGAGUAAAAGUUUAAGAAAAGAUUAAAGAUUUUAAGGGGAAUUACUAUUGCUAGCUUUAUAUGACUCACGCGUCACAGUAACACUUUAUAGAGCAUUUUGACAUUCACUUAAAGCUUGAAUUUUUGCCAAAUGACUGAGACAUUUGGUGCUGUAAUGCUUAUCUUGAGAUACUGGACCUACAAGCUGUAUAUGAUGUUAAUAAUCAACAGCCUGGAGCAGGGCUGACUCGGGGCCACGCCUGGCCCAGGUCGAGACGCGGCGCCGGGUCGGCUCCUGACCGGGCAGCCUCCUCCGACUCGGAUAUGCUAACCUGCUCUUUAUGUAACACUGUUGUGCUUUCAGAGCCUAUCAGGUAUGCUUUGCCAUUGUGUUUUUCUGUUUAUUUUUAUUUAAUGUACUCACACACACACACACACACACACACACACACACACACACACACACACACAUGCAAACAUACCUCCCAUGUUAGUCGAGCGCUGGCAGUAGAGUUGAGCCGUGUCCACUCACCUCCCUGGACCUUUGUGAGCUGGUUGCGUUGGUACGGAGUGUGAGGGGCGGGACUUCAUGAGCGAGGUGUGUGUUGAAUGCACAGUCAAUCAGGAUGUAUGAAGUUGCAUAUUUUUUUUUCCAAAAAAACAAAACAACAAAAAAAAGACAAAGACUCCCAAAUUCCAUUGUUUAUUUGUUGUUUUGUUGAUCUGCUUUGUUAGAUCCUGUUGGUUGUAUGUGGGGUGCGUACAUUUACAAUCAGUCUAUUUAAUUUGAUGGCCAAGUUUGUGUGUUUGAUCGUUUUGUUUGUUUGUUUGUUUGUUUUGAAGCGGAGGGUCUGCGGGCAGCUGGGCUGGGUGACGCUGUAUGGGGUCCGAGACUUGGCACUUACUGCCCCCCAGCUGCCUCUGUUGCCCCAGAGCAGGUCUGGGUGGAAACAAAACAAAAACCAAGCCCCUCUCUUCCUCCCUCUCCGUCACUUUCUUCGCUUUUCUAAACUACGAUUCCAUGCAGACCCCUAAACCUCUUUGUUUUGGUUUGUUUUUUUUUUCAGACAUUUCAUUAUUUAAUAUUAUUAUAUAUUGACUCCAAAAAUGCAAUCAAGACUGUUAAUUUUUGUUUGUUCUACCAAAAUUGUUGUUUAAUAAUUAUUGUUGAAAUAAUGUAUAAGAAAACCAGGUUUGAAAGACUAUUUAGUGUAGAUCCUUGCUUGUGUAUGUAAUUGUCAGAUUUAAAUGUUUUUAUUCAAAGAAAGAAAAUCAUUCACUUUACCCUAGAUGCAUAUAUCGUUUUAUUUGUCCUUUCUAUAACGUCUGUUCUUUUUGAUUUCAAGAAGCACAUAUUUUAUUAAGCUCUCUGGUUUGUGGGAUUCAGCCUAGAAGCAGCAGUCUGUCUGUAUAUGCAGCGAAAUCAACAUCCGUGACCCUGUAAUCUCUGUAUACAGCUGAAAUCAGCGCUUUCCUUUUGUAUACAGCUGAAAUCAGCGCUUUCCUUUUGUAUACACGGUGAAAUCAGCGCUUUCCUUUUGUAUACACGGUGAAAUCAGCCGUUUUCUUCCGUAUACGCAGUGAAAUCAGCUGGUUCCCUCUGUUUGUGCAGUGAAAGCAGCACUCUGUAAAUGCAGUGAAUCUACUGAAGUGAUGCAGAAUUGUCCUAAGACUUUCCCUUUACUCCAAAUGAAAAUGUAUUUUAAAAAGCUGUAUAGAAGAUUCUCAUCUUGUGUGUUAUAAUUAUUAUUAUUAUUAUUAUUUACCUAUGGAAUCACUGUGGGAGGGAUAUAUAUAUAUAUAUAUAUAUAUAUAUAUAUAAAAAUAAAUAUAUAUAUAUAUGUAUGGAAGUAUAUGAGAGAAGUAUAUGUAUGAGUAAAUAUAUUUAACUAGUUGAUAUACGCAAUGGAAAUGGCUGUGUUCCCUCUGAUCUCAGAGCCCCUGGCUGGUGUGUGUGUGUGUGUGCGUGCGUGCGUGCGUGCGUGCGUGCGUGUGUGUGUGUGUCCACGUCUGUCCGUCUCCAUAUAUCCGUAUAUGCCCACCUCCACCUCCCCCUCCACACUCGCCAUCUUUCCUGUCCUCGUUUGGUUCUUCUCUUUGUUUAUUGUUUUUCCACUUGAACUUCUUUGUUUUGUAUAUGCGACGAACACAGGUAACUCAGCUCCAGAUGUUUUAUUAUGCUGUAAACGGACAAAAACGGACUUUAAAAAAACAUACACACACACAAAGUCAAAACUAAAGUACACUACAGAUGAAGGUUUUUUUUUUUCCAGCUGUAUUUUUUACGCUGUUUUAAAAGAUGUAUUUUUCAAACUUCUCUAACAGUGAUGCAAUGUGGGGCUCCUGCAGGGGACCCUGCGCCAAACAGCAGUCAGGUUACUCUUUUUACGUUUUCAAACUUUUCAGAGACAAAUGAAUACAUUCUCCUUUUUCUGUUUUCAAAUUGUACUACUGUUCCUCUCUAAUUUUAAAAUAAAAACUUUGAUAUUGCUCAAGUAUAAAA